AUGUCGGUUUACAUCAACAUGAAACACCAGACAUCCAAGACAUAUAUUCUCGGGCGGCUGAUCCUCGCUGUGCGAUCCCCGGCAAAGGGCGAGGCCGCGGCCAAGCAGCUGCGGCAGAAGGUGCGCGACACCCAGAUCGACGUCUGGGAGGUGGACAUGCUGUCGUAUGCGAGCGUGCAGGCCUUUGCCGAGUGGUGCAAGACGCUCAGCCGCAUCAACUUUUGUCAUCCUCAACGCGGUGGGCGCCGACGGAGCAGUACCCUGCCAGCAAGGCGCUGGCACGCUUCUGGAUAUAUUGCUAUGUUCUCCGCGAGACAGGAGAAAUCAAUAACACUCAAAGUCUUGGGUGCCCCGUCAGUUGGUAGCAGUGACAACAUACGUGGGACCAAGUCCGUAUUCGCGUUGUCGCCCUCCCUGGGAGAGCGACAGCUUCUGGCCUUCGUCGUUGCUCAAAGGUACUCGACCACGAUUCCAACACAUCACUCUCCUGUAUUGGUAGACCUCAAGUUGCAAGUGGUAUUGGAAUAGGUGUUCUCGAGCUUGCCUCUGUUGGUACCGCUGCCGG